AUGGUCCAGCUGAAUUAGACAUCUGUAACUUUUUUCCCUCAUUAUCCUAAAGUUGAAGCCAUCAUAUUUGUGUUCUGUCUCCUGAUAUACCUGAUCACCUUGCUGGGCAAUAUCAUUCUGAUCUCCAUCACCACUCUGGAUUCUCACCUACACACCCCCAUGUGCUUCUUCCUCAGCAACAUCUCCUGCCUGGACAUCUGGUAUACCUCUUCAGUGCUCACACCAAUGCUCACACACUUUGUCUCAGGGGACAACAUCUUCUUCUCAGGAUGAGUUUCUCAGAUGUACUUCUCUUUUGCUGUGGGCUCCACUGAGUGUGUGCUGCUCUCCAUGAGGGCCAAUGACAGGUAUGUGGCCAUCUGCCACCCUCUAAGAUACCCUCUCAUCAUUAUCAGAGUGCAAAUUGCAGCUGGUUCCUGGGUCACAGGCUGCCUCACUGCCCUGGUGGAAACAGCACCUGUGCUGAAGCUCCUCUCUGGUUGUAGCAUCACCAAUCAUUUUACUUGUGAAACCUUGGCUGUCUUGAAAAGGGCUUGUGUAGAUACCAUGGUACAGUUCAUAAUGCUGGUGAUCAGUGUCCUCCUCCUUCCCAAGCCAAUGAUACUCAACUCCAUCUCUUAUGCUUUGAUCCUCUCCAACAUUCUGAGGAUUAAUUCUGUGGAUGGUUGAAGCAAAGCCUUUUCAACAUGUGCAGCCCACUUGACUGUGGUGACAGCUCUCUCCAUGUAUCUGAAGCCCUCUGCCAUAAAUUCACAAGAAGUAGAAAAUUUCAUGGCUUUGGUAUAUGCUGGAUUAACUCCCAUGUUAAAUCCUAUUAUCUACAGUCUAUGGAACAAAAAUGUAAAAGCAGCUGUGAAAAACUUGCUGACUAGAAAUCAUCUUAGUACCAUCUUAAUGACCAUCAUCAAAUAA